AUGGUACAGAAGCUGUCAGCGUAUGAACAGCGUCACCCAGAUGUCUACCAGGACAAGUUCAAGCGUGUGGUUACCAUGGUCGACGCGGGCGAAGAUGAAGUCGCUACGGGAGAACAAGAGGUCGCGGUGGCUGAGUGGACUCGAGCUGCAGGCCCAGUAACCUGCAAAUGGGUGAAGCCACCAGGACCUCCAAGAGGAUUCGACUUCGACGUGACGAAAACCGAGCAAAUUUUCGAUCUCUUACUCGCGGAGAAGCAUAUAAAGAUUCCCGAAUGCCAUAAAGUUCCCACGCACCGGGACAUCACUCUUACUCCAUAUAAUGAUGCCUUAGCAAUUAUUCCAGUUGAAGUGGAGCCUGAUGCAGUUGUGGCAGUGGCUGAUGAUCUUCCAGCAGAUCAUGUAGAACCUUUUGAUGAAGACGUUGUUCACAAUGUUCAAGAAAUAAUUGAUAUCUCUGAUUCACAAGUUGAAGUGGAUAGCCUUGGGUUUUACACCAUUGAGCAUGAGGAUUGGUUGCAAUCUGCUGAUUUAGAUGCUGAUUCUGCUCAGAUUAGGGGUUUUGAUGCUAGUGUUGAACAAGAUAUAACUGGACUUGGUGAGAACUCUACUGAAGGACCAUUGGAGGAAUUAAUGAUAUUGGUGAUGGACUACUCAACAUAGCUGUCUCUUACGCUCAGGUUUCUGAUAGC